AUGUCGCGUUCGCAUCGUCUGGAAAAUGGUUCACCUCAGCAUGAAAUUGCAAAGGCAUCCAAUAGCACUGGGUCUCCAACUUUAUCCUCUUGGUCAGGUGACAAUAGUGGUAAAAUUCGGCCAAUGCCACCACAACGUAAGAGCGGUAAAUUAAACUCGAAGAGGAAUACACAGCUACACGACAGUCGCAUUCAUUUGGAACCACUGCGACCGCAGUCUGGAACAUCAAGCGCUGAUAGACGCACGAACGCGCACUUUUUGGUCAGUCCAUCGUCUGGUCAAGUACACUGGGACUCGACUGUCUUGGAACCGGGCAGCACCAUCUCUGAAAACAUGGACAAAUUGCAAAAUGUGGACCGCAAGCUGCAAUUUUACAAAACACUGGCAAAUUUAAAGCUGCGAGAUGGGACCUAUUCGGAGCAGUCUCUGCAGAAAACACUCACUUCGCUGCUUUGUGCUGCAGCCACAGCUCUGGAUGCCACAGCGGUUGUCUUAUAUUCCUUGUCGAGCGAGAAAGAUCCAGUUGUGAAGGUUCAAGCUUGCUCAAUUUCAGGUCCUGACAUCGUAGGUUUUCAGACAUCAUUAGAGACGUUUGCGUUGCGUGGACUCGUCGAGCAGUUUGAAUUUAACAACAAACAGACAUCCACAUGUAGUAAUGAGCCUGUUGCCACAUAUGUUGCUUGUCUACGAAAUCUUGGGACGUAUGAAAUCACUUGCGAUGUCGAUUUGGUAUUGGGUUUGACGACGUCUAGUGUACUUGCUUGUGUAUUACCCGAUGAAGUUGGGCGUCCACGCUUUGUAAUGGAGGCGAGAAGUAUUCAAGACGGAUUGCCAUUCUCCAAAGAGUUUAUGCAUGCAGCACUGAUUGCAGUCGAAAACAUCGUGCAUCCGUUCGAAUUACGACGAGCACUUUCGCGAAAUGCUUGCACUCAUUCGGUGGUACAAGAAAUGGUAUGGUACGCAUUAGACCCUUCUGACCAUGUUUCUGCUGUGAGCCAAGACACGAGUAAUAAAGACGAAGGGCUCAUUCGAGAUAAAUUUGAGACCUCAGUGAGCCCGGAAGUGAAAUGGAUGUCUUCACUUGAUACCAAACGUUUAGCUGCGCAAAUUAUGACAGCGGCACCGAUGUUGUCGGGAUUUUAUCUUUUUGAACUGCUCAAUGAUAGCUACCAGUGCAAGCUUCUAGUUACUCACGAGAUGGGCUUAGACUUGGAUCGAAAUCAAUGCUUUUGUACAGAGAUCGAAUCUAACAAGCUUUUGUAUCAAGAACUGGUAGAAGCUGCACGCUCACAUAAAUUUUUAAAUCUCAGUGACAAUGCAAGUUUGAAUUCGGCUCUACAAAUUGAGACCAACGGCAAGCACUUGCUGACCUUCUUACCUGUGCCGACUUGUCGAAGAUCGGCAACCCUCUGCGGUAUGCUUUGUCUUGUACCUAGCUCUGUUGAGGUGCUAUGGGCAACGAAUAAAGCUGAUUUGACACUUGAAUUGCAGCUUCAACCAAUCUUGGCUGCGAUAGCAUUAACUUUGUCUAAUAAGCAGCAAUCGGAUGAUCUCAUAGCAUCGACACGACAAAAGCAACAAUUGUUAGCACUGUGUCGCUCUCAUUCGUUAUUGGAAUCAGUGCGAGACCCGUCUAGUCUCGUAUCUUUAAUCUGUGACCUCGGUAGUGUCGUUUUUCAGACAAAUCACGUGACAUUGUACGUAUCAGACACAAUCAAGCAAGAACUAUGGAGUCUUAGCUCUUGGGGGAGUGUUAAUGGAUUAAGAAUUCCGUAUGGGCGUGGAAUCGCUGGUCACGUUGCAGUAGCAAAGGAGCCCCUGAUUAUCCAGCGACCGUAUGAAGAUCCACGCUUUGAUCGGUCUGUAGACGCAAAAUUUGGCUUCAAAACUGAGUCGCUGAUCACUCAGCCCAUCUUGGAUCGGGCUGGUGAGACAAUUGGUGUGCUGCAAGCUAUAAAUUUUGGGCAAUUUUCUGGUGUGAGUCCCUUUGUCGCAUGCUACGAUGAUGAAGUGAUGGCUAAUUACCUGCAAACAGUGGCCCACGCACUACACAUGAACUCUUCAUUGAUCAUUUUUGCUAAGGUAAAGGCUGACCAGUGGGCAAAGCGUACUCUUCAAGAGUCAGUAUAUGAUGAUGUUGCGGCAAAGGAUGAAAGCAAUCAUAAUAGUUACCACCUUGAGACUGAGAGUGAAACUGGUUUAGAUGCCAAACACGAAGUGGCAAGUGUACACUCACUACUGGGUAUGAGUGGCUUCGAUGAGGGCAAGUGCAUCAUUUAUCGGGACAAAUGGAGCACUUUUGCGUAUGCUUGCUGGGCGCUUGGCCGCUUUAUUUCGUCAAAACCUAGUGUCAAGGCUAGGAUACAGCAACGCUCACAACUGGGACACGAACAAUCCGAAAAAAGCAUGGCAGAGUAUGCCGAAAACAACAUUCCAGCUCAGAUCUUUCUUCGUCCGCGUAUUCGUAGUCGCACAGCGUCAGUAGUUCGAGCUAGACGUACUCACUCACUGAUCACGCGGUGGCAUCGCAUGACAAUGGGACAAGAAGGAUUUGGAAAUGUGGAAGAGUUACUUCAGGAUCAUUUUGAUCCUUUGACAAAGUCGAUAUCUGAGCUAGAAAACUAUUCGUAUCAACUUUUUGAAGCACUCGUGCUUAUCAAAACGUUUCGUAUCGAUGUCGUCACUCUUCGGAUGUUUAUUGGUGAGCUUGCUAGCAGAUACCGCGAUGUGCCUUACCACAAUUUCUACCACGGCUUUGAUGUAGCGCUAGCCUCAUAUACACUUAUGCGAUCGCCUGAAGUGCUGUCUGUAAUUAAGGAACUCGAGGCAUUAAGUCUUUUAAUCGCAGCAUUAGGACAUGAUGCAGAUCAUCCGGGCAAUGACAAUCAGUUUGAGGUUGAUUCGAGCUCUGAUCUCGCACUCUGCUAUAACGACAUUUCUGUCCUUGAAAACCAUCACGCAGCUACAACAUUUGCUGCACUUAAAGUACCGGGUUGUGAUAUUCUCCAAAGUUUAAGCUCUAGCGCUCGCGCAUCGGCACGUAUGAUCAUUAUUCGUAGUAUUCUUGGGACUGACAUGAAACAUCACACAAAGUUGCUGUCGGAAUUGACUGCUGUGAGCUCUAUCCACGAGUUUGAAGCUGUACCUGAAGGUCGCCAACUCAUGCUUACUAUGAUCAUCCAUGGUGCUGAUCUACACUCAAUCGGACGACCUUUAUCACUAGCACUCAAGUGGGUUGAGCGCGUAUGUACUGAAUUUACACAACAGGCGACACGCUCGGCCGAAUCAGGUCUCGAUGUGUCUCCCCAUUUGCUUAACUUGGAGGAUGAAGCCACGCGAUGUCGUCUCCAAAUGAAUUUUAUUGACUACCUCGUCGCACCGUUAUGGACUUCCAUUAGUAACCUCAUUCCAGCUGCCAAACAUACUUUGGAUAACCUGAAGCUCAAUCGACUUUACUUUAGUGAGCAAGCUAUGCUGCUUAAUGCCAAACAUUCUGGCUGA